AAAGAAAAAAAAAUAUUUUUUUUUGAGAGGCGUUCAUACAUUUUCCCUUUAAUAGAUAGUGUUCCUUUUUUUUUUUUUGGCCUAUAGCACUUAAAAGGGAAAAAAAAACUAAAGAUGGCAGCACUUCAACCUGUUAAGCUCAGUAAUGUCAAUUACGAUGAAGAUAAAGAAAAUCUUCGCGACUUUCUGUUGAAUCAUAAAGAGACGAUCGUUAAUGAGAUGGGUGAAGAAGAGACCAUCUUAAAAUAUGACGUUUUAUUGCAAAAAAUUGUUGAUAGAAAAGAAUCAGUAAUUUUAAUUGAACUUGACGAUCUUGCUAAGUAUGAAGAUUCUCGUCAUCGUACUGUUGCACGCAUCAAAAGAAAUACUAAACAUUAUCUCGAUCUUGCAGCCACUGUUAUUGAUAAAAUUCUUUCUGAAAAGACACCUAACAAUCCUGAUUUAACAUAUAAAGAUAGUGUUCUUGAUGUUAUUAUUUUUCAAAGAACUAUUCGUGAUUCAAACAGAGCAAGCGAUUCUGAAGAGUCAUUCCCUCCAUCAUUAACACGUCGAUAUGAAGUAUUCUUCAAGCCCUUAAGCAAUGAGAAGGCACAAGCUGUACGUGAAGUCAAUGGUGCUCAAUUAGGUCACCUUGUCACUGUUCGUGGUAUCAUCACUCGUGUUUCUGAUGUGAAGCCUUUCCUUCAAGUAAAUACUUACAGUUGUGAUACAUGUGGUUAUGAAAUUUUCCAGGAAAUUAAGCAAAGACAGUUUACACCUUUAACUGAAUGUGUAUCUCAAGAAUGUAAAAGUAAUGGUGUUCGAGGCAAGUUAUAUAUGCAAACAAGAGCCUCCAAAUUUUUGGCUUUCCAAGAAGUAAAAUUACAAGAAUUAACAGAUCAAGUGCCAGUGGGUCAUAUACCUCGUACAAUGACUUUACACUUGUUUGGUGCUGCCUGUCGUCAAUUGACACCUGGUGAUGUGGCCAAUGUGUCUGGUAUCUUUUUACCUAUGCCUUAUACUGGCUUUAGAGCACUUCGUGCUGGCCUUUUAACAGACACCUAUAUGGAAGUACAACAUGUUCAUCGUCUUAAGAAGCAAUAUGAUGAAAUUGAAAUGUCAGCUGAAGAUGAGCAAGUGAUUAAUCAAUUAAAGACAGAUCCUAAUGUCUAUAACCGUUUAGCUCGUAGCAUUGCUCCCGAAAUCUAUGGUCAUGAUGAUGUUAAAAAAGUAUUACUACUUCUCCUUGUUGGUGGUGUCAAUAAGACAGUUGGCGAUGGUAUGAAAAUUCGUGGUGACAUUAAUGUCUGUCUUAUGGGUGAUCCAGGUGUAGCUAAAUCACAAUUAUUGAAAUUCAUUGCUAAAGUAGCCCCUCGUGGUGUUUAUACGACGGGCCGUGGUUCCUCAGGUGUUGGUUUAACAGCUGCAGUCAUGAGAGAGCCAGUUACGGAUGAAAUGGUUUUAGAGGGAGGUGCAUUAGUUUUAGCUGAUAAUGGUAUCUGUUGUAUUGAUGAAUUUGAUAAAAUGGAUGAAGCAGAUAGAACAGCUAUUCAUGAAGUCAUGGAACAACAAACCAUUAGUAUUUCAAAGGCAGGUAUUAACACCACAUUAAACGCUCGUGCCUCUAUCUUGGCUGCUGCAAAUCCUCUCUAUGGUCGCUAUAAUACCCGUAUUUCUCCUACACAAAACAUCAACUUACCUGCUGCUUUACUUUCACGUUUCGAUAUUCUCUAUUUGAUUCUUGAUAAACCUUCAGAUGAUAUGGAUCGUCUUUUAGCUGAACAUGUUACUUAUGUUCACACACAUAACAAGCCACCUCAAAUGGAUAUAGAUGCAUUAGAGCCACACAUGAUUAGACAUUAUGUUGCACAUGCUAGAACAAAGAGACCUGUAUUGACUCCUGAAGUCUCAGAAUAUAUUACAAGUGCUUAUGUUGGAUUAAGACGUCAGUAUAAGCUUGAUGAAGAUCGUGAACAACAAUUUACAUAUGCAUCAGCUCGUACCUUAUUAGGUAUUAUUCGUAUGGCACAAGCUUUAGCCCGUAUUCGACUUUCCGAUUUUGUUGAACCAAUAGAUGUAGAUGAAGCUUUAAGAUUGAUUGAUGUUUCCAAGUCGUCGUUGACCGAUGAUAGUCAGAAGCGUGAUCAUCGUCAAGAUAGAUCACCUAUGACAGCCAUCUUCAAUAUUGUAAAGGAAAUGACCCAUGAAUAUGGCUAUUCAUUAGCUUUAUCUACUAUUAGACAACGCGUUAUAUCAAGAGGAUAUACUGAGAUUCAAUUAGAAGAAGCUAUUCGUGAAUACAGUGGCCUUGAUAUUUGGCAAGUUGAUAAUUCACAUCUUAUUGUUAUUCAUUAAGUAUAUAGUAUAAUUUAAUGGUUUUUUUUAUUUGUAAGAAAAGAAACAAAAAAAAAAAUAAUAAUAA